AUGAGUAAACAUUCGAGAAAGUUUAAAACGGUACGAUCGCUUUAUUUUGAAAAACAGAAAAGCAAGGAUUCUUGUCGAAUCCAUGCAAUCAACAAUGCAUUAGGACAAUCGAUUCUUAGUGAAGCAAAAUUCUUCGAAUAUUGCGAUGAAUUUGACAAGCAAAACCGCUGUGCUGGAAGCCGUGAUGUUGUCUUUAUUCAUUCCAUUAAUAAUAAUAUCUUCAAUUUCAUCUUGAAUAAAUUCCACGCUACAAGUUCAUACUACCCACCGAACAAUCCUCCUGAACUCAAAAAAAACUUCUCGGACGAUUGUGCAUCAGUGAUCAUCUUCGAUGAUGGUCAUGUUUGGUGUGCGAAGAAACACGACGAUUCAUGGUAUGUCUUAGAUUCAGUAGCAAACAGACCGGAAGCAAUUGAAUUUGAAGAUAUAUUCAAUGGUCAAGGAUUUGGAUGGAUUAUUGUUUGGGAAAAUGGGAGAUUGCCGAUUGUUGAGGAGUCUAGGAAACGAUCUUCGAAAAAGUAA